AUUCAUCUUCCUUCCUCCAAACACACACUUCUGUCUCUUUCUUUCUUGAACUCCCCAGAACAUCAAAUCAUUCAUUAUAAUAAUCCCAUACGUAUUGUAUAUUUAUAUUUAUAUUAUAUUAUUAUAUUGCCUUUGUCUUGAAGAUUAGAACAACCAAAACCCAUAUAUAUAUAUAUAUAUAUAUAAUCCUAAUAAUCAUCUUAAUUCCAAUUCAAAAAGAUGGCUUCAAUAACUUCAAUAUCACAAUCACAACUAUAUAUAAACAAACCCCAAUUCAUAUCAGCCUCUAAAACACCAUCAAAAUUGUUUUUAAAGAAGACCCAGUUCAUAUCUACUCUUAAAACAUCUAUAUACAACAUACCCAUAUCAAAAUCUACACAAAGUUUGAAUCUUUUUGUGUUUAAGCCCAAGAAAAUGGUGGUGGAGGCUGCCGGAACGACGGAGGCAGCGGCGGAGGAGAUGUCAAAGAAAAGGUAUCCUGGUGAAGGAAAAGGGUUUGUGGAAGAAAUGAGAUUUGUGGCUAUGAAAUUGCAUACAAAAGAUCAAUCAAAAGAAGGUGAAAAAGAAGCACAAGAAAAGCCUUUGCCUAAAUGGGAACCAAGUAUUGAUGGUUAUUUGAAGUUUUUGGUUGAUAGUAAAUUGGUUUAUGAUACACUUGAAAAGAUUGUUGAUAAGGCUGAUUUCCCUGAAUAUGCUGAAUUUAGGAACACUGGACUGGAGAGGUCGGAAUGUCUGGCAAAAGAUUUGGCAUGGUUUAAAGAACAAGGCCACUCUAUACCUGAACCUUCACCACCAGGACUCAAAUAUGCGGCUUAUGUUGAAGAAUUAUCAAAGAAAGAUCCACAAGCAUUUCUUUGUCACUUCUACAACACCUAUUUUGCUCACUCUGCCGGUGGUCGGAUGAUAGGAAAAAAGGUAGCCAAGGAGGUACUGAAUGGAAAGGAAUUAGAGUUCUACAAAUGGGAUGGCGAACUUUCCCAGCUUUUGCAAAAUGUUAGGGAGAAGUUGAAUGCAGUUGCCGAGAACUGGACUAGAGAAGAGAAGAACCAUUGUCUUGAAGAAACAGAGAAAUCUUUCAAGUAUUCUGGGGAAAUCCUCCGUCUGAUUUUGUCAUGAUUCUGAAUAACGUGUCAAAUGUCUUUAUAAACAUGUAAUCUGCAUGGUCAAAGCUCUAGAAAACUUGUCAUACACAAUCUUUCUUCUUUUUUAGGCUAUGCCCUGUAGAAUAUGGUGCUAAAUUUAUGUAUAUUCUGUGCUUUAUAUGUUGUAUGUUAAACAUGACGAUGAAGAAAGCAACUGCACCAACUUUCUUGAAUCGUCUUUGAUAA